CGACGUUUCUGCUUCCUCUCAUUGUCAGGGGAGCGUCUCCGCACCUUGUAGUCGCCCGUCAACGUUAUAAACGAGGGGCCCUUUCCUGUGCCAUUGCUGGGGGGGAAGGAGACGCUGUUUUUUUUGCUUCUGUCCUCCUGCGAUCCACGUCUGGCAGGAAAGGUAGACGAUAACAGACGGACGAGCGGAGGUUGUCUAAACAGCGGACCGUCCCGCCCAUCCUGCCCGCCAGAGAUCUUCCCCAGGAGCGGGGGAGACUUGCCCGGUUAGAGAAUCUCCAGCCAUGGACCACAACAGCUGCUCAAUGAAGAAACUGGGCUACAACGCCAAGGACUACAAGAGGCCCAAGUGUAGUUUCUACGUCAGGUACUGCCUGCUGUGUACCAGCAUCAUCCAGCUACUGAUUAUACUGGGGCUGGUCCUCUUUAUGGUGUAUGGCAACAAACACAGCAGCCAGCAGUCCCAUUUCAAGAGCACCCACAACCAAUCUCUCCAAUUCAUGGAAGAUAUCAAGAAACUCCAGAGCUAUCAGCGCGUCCAAACGCGGGAUCUGAAGAAUUGCCAGAACACGAAGGUCAACCUGACCAAGAGCCUCGACAAGGUGUCGAAAAAUCUCCAGACCUGCAUCAAGCCCAAGAAUGCCACCAACGUUCCGAAUUAUCAAGCAGCAGGGAACGCAAAUGUGGUGAAACAUGGCAUGAUGCCCGCAAACUACUCCAUGGUCCUAAACGAGCUGUCCAAGCUGCGAGAUGACCAGCAGCUGAGGGAGGCGCGGCAGAAACUGGACGAGACGAGGCUGAGUAGCCAGAAGCGUGAGUUGCUAAAGCAGAUUCAGGACGUGAAAGGCAACUGUACAUCCAUGAGCAGGGACUUCCAGUCUGCGAUGGUCAAGGUCCAGGCCAGUUAUGAGGCGGGUUUCAGAAGCUUGACGGGCGGAGUGGGUUACCCCUACAACUCUGGCCUGGGCGGGCAGCUGGAGAGGAUCAAGGCCAACUGCACCCCGCUCUCCCUCGGGUUCCAAGCCGAGGUCCAGCGCAAGCUGGUCCAGUUGGACACGGACAUCAGGCGGAUGUGGCAGCAGAACGGUGAGCAGAAGCUGAGGGCGGACGCUCUGCAGAGGAUGAAUGACCAGUGCAAGCAGCAAGCGGAGGCCAGGGCCGAGCAGUUCUCAAAGAGAGAGUUGAAGCAGCAGGCGGACACGGAGAAGUUACUGGAGGACAAGGUGGCUCUGCUGCUGGAGCGCAACAGCCUGAGGGAUCAACUGGUCACCCUGAAGGUCACCAACCCACACCUGAAUGUCCCCAUGAAGCAGGGCAGCACCAAGCCGGCACCAUCCACCUGUCGUCAACAGGCGGACUUGAUUUCUCAAUUGUAUUUGAUAUUGGAUGUGAAGGACAGAAUUUUAUACGAGAAGGAUGAGGCGGCUGAAACUCUGAAGAGACAGUUGAAGGCACAAGUGAACAACUGCACAUUCCAGAUGGAAAAGCAGAAGGCGAUGGCCUGCAGGGCCUCUGGAUAACUCGUGUGAAGACUCCAUUGUCUGCAUGAAGUCAAGGACCCAAAACACAACGGCAACAACACAUCCGGCAGAAUCCUCUAAUCCCCUCUCUUGUGAAAUGCACUCCAAUCCAUCUCUUGUAGACAAAAAUGCUGGAGAAACACAGCGGGUGAGGCAGCAUCUAUGGAGCGAAGGAAAUAGGCGACGUUUUGGAGUCUGAAGAAGGGUCUCGACCCGAAACGUUGCCUUUUUUCCUUCGCUCCACAGACGCUGCCUGUCCCGCUGAGUUACUCCAGCACUUUUGUGUCUAUCUUCGGUUCAAACCGGCAUCUGCAGUUCCUUCUUGAUCAGAAAAUGCCGGAGUAACUCAGCGUACAUGUUUCAUCUGUGAAAGUUUCUGGUGCGGGAAAUUUGCAGGCGUUAAGGGCAUGUCCCACUUGCGUGAUUUUUUCGGUGACUUGCCGGCACCCGUCGUGGUUGCAGCAGGUUGCCGAAAAUUUCCAACACGUUGAAAAUCCAGCGGGGACUAGAAAAAGGCACGACUCUUUGGGCGAGUCACCGAAAAAAUCACGUAAGUGGGACAGGGCCGAGGAUAAUAGGAUUCCAGUGAGUGUGCCAUCUGCAUUAACUUGUUUUCAUUUCUCGGGGAAGGAUUUCCUUUGAAUCAUUUGCCUAAUUUGCAAUCCCUUAGGUAUAAGAGAAGAACGUUAAAGUCUAAAGUUAGACAAAUAGUUCCUCCUGCUUUAAAAAUAGCUGUCAGGAAAAAAUAUCUCCAAUGUUAAUGAUGGGAAGUUUAACCUGGGGGUUAAACCACAUAAAUAUUAACUCUUAAUUAAUGUAUUAACCAACAAACAUUAACUAACAAAUGUUAACUAAAGAGUAUUUAAUCAGUGAUGGAUCAUAGCAAGUUUUUAUAUAUAUAGUCAGAGAGGCAUAGAAUGAUACAGUGUAGAAACAGGCCCUUCGGCCCAACUAGCCCACACCGACCGACCAACAUGUCCAAUCUACACUAGUCCCACCUGCUUGCGUUUGCCCCAUAUCCCUCUAAACAUAGAAAAUAGGUGCAGGAGUAGGCCAUUCGGCCCUUCGAGCCUGCACCGCCAUUCAAUAUGAUCACAGCUGAUUAUCCAACUCAGUAUCCUGUACCUGCCUUCUCUCCAUACCCCCUGAUCCCUUUAGCCACAAGGGCCACAUCUAACUCCCUCUUAAAUAUAGCCAAUGAACUGUGGCCUCAACUACCUUCUGUGGCAGAGAAUUCUACAGAUUCACCACUCUCUGUGUGUAAAAAAAAUGUUUUCCUCAUCUCGAUCCUAAAAGAUUUCCCCCUUAUCCUUAAACUGUGACCCCUUGUCCUGGACUUCCCCAACAUCGGGAACAAUCUUCCUGCAUCUAGCCUGUCCAACCCCUUAUGAAUUUGUAAGUUUCUAUAAGAUCCCCCCUCAAUCUUCUAAAUUCUAGCGAGUACAAGCCGAUAAACCUGUCCUAUCCAUGUACCUGCAAAUAUUUUUUAAAUGGUGUGAUAGUUUCUACU